AUGGCACCUUAUGCUCAUCUGGCGGUUUAUAAAGUAUGUUUUGGUCUAGAUUGGCCAGAGAGUGACAUCUUAACCGGGCUUGAUGUUGCGGUAGCUGAUGGAGCUGAUGUGAUAUCAAUUUCUAUUGGAGAACAAAACAUGCCUUUUUUUCAAGACAACAUUGCAAUAGCCUCAUUUGCAGCUAUCCAAAAAGGAAUAUUUGUGAGUUGUGCAACAGGGAACUCAGGUCCGUUCAAUGGCACUGCAACAAAUAUAGCUCCAUGGGUUCUAACAAUUGGUGCUAGCACAACUGACAGAAAAAUCAAAGCCACAAAAAAACUAGGAAAUAAUAAGGAAUUUGAUGGUGAAUCUUUAUUUCAGCCAAAAGGCUCCCCUUCUUCUACACUUUUACCACUCGUGUAUGCUGUAAAGUUCAAUGAAUAUUCAUCUGUUGUUGUAUCAGCAGGGUAUGAUCGUUCCUUACGUGCCUGGGACUGUAGAUCUCACAGCACUGAGCCAAUUCGGAUCAUUGACACCUUUCUAGACAGCGUUAUGUCUAUCUGUUUAACAAAAACUGAGAUUAUUGCUGGAAGUGUUGACGGAACUGUACGGACAUUUGACAUCCGGAAUGAUGGAACUUUUGAAAGGAGUAGAAAGAGGGGCAUAACAGUCUUUUCAGAUUAUGCUUGGAGUAGUGGAGAUCAAGUUGAUGUUUGGGUACAAGAUAGCUGGCAUGAAGCAAUUGUUAUGGACACAAAUAAGAUUGAUUUGACUUCUUUAACUGUCCAGUUUCCUGCUCAAUCAAAGGCAUCAAUUGUUAGGUCAUGGCAUGUGAGGCCAACUCUUGUCUGGAAGGAUGACAAGUAG